CGGAGGGUCGCGGCCAUGGUGGAUUACAGCGUGUGGGACCACAUCGAGGUCUCGGACGACGAGGACGAGACUCACCCCAACAUCGACACCGCCAGCCUCUUCCGCGCGCGCGCCGAGCUGCAGCGGCUGCAGGCCGAGGAGCUGCAGCGGCUGCAGGCCGAGGCGCAGCAGCUGCGCGCCGAGGAGAGGGGCUGGGAGGCCAAGCUGGAGGAGCUCAGGAAGAAGGAGAAGAGCAUGCCCUGGAACGUGGACACGCUCAGCAAGGACGGCUUCAGCAAGAGCGUUUUCAACGUGAAGCCUGAGGAGAAGGAGGAGACGGAGGAGCAGAAGGAGAAGAAGCACAAAACCUUCGUGGAGAGAUACGAGAAGCAGAUCAAACACUUUGGCAUGCUGCGGCGCUGGGACGACAGCCAGAAGUACCUGUCAGACAACCCUCACCUGGUGUGCGAGGAGACAGCCAACUACCUGGUCAUCUGGUGCAUCGACCUGGAGGUGGAGGAGAAACACGCGCUGAUGGAGCAGGUGGCCCACCAGACCAUCGUCAUGCAGUUCAUCCUGGAGCUGGCCAAGAGCCUCAAGGUGGAUCCCCGCGCUUGCUUCCGGCAGUUUUUCACCAAAAUUAAGACCGCAGACCAGCAGUACCUGGAGGGUUUCACGGAGGAGCUGGAGGCGUUCAAGGAGCGCGUGCGGGGCCGGGCGCGGGCGCGCCUGGAGAAGGCGCUGCGCGAGUACGAGGAGGAGGAGCGCCAGAAGCGCCUGGGGCCCGGCGGCCUCGACCCCGUCGACGUCUACGAGUCCCUGCCCGCCGAGCUGCAGAAAUGUUUCGAUGUCAAGGACGUGCAGCUGCUGCAGGAAACCAUCAGCAAGAUGGACCCGACCGAGGCCAAGUACCACAUGCAGCGCUGCAUCGACUCGGGGCUCUGGGUGCCCAACGCCAAGGACGGGGCUGGGGAGCAGCCGCAGGGGGACAGCGGCGCCCAGGAGCAGCCCAAGGCCUGAGGGGGCCCAAAAAAAGGCAGAAAAGGUCAAAAAAAACCCGCAAAAAA